UAACUUUUUAUUCAUUCAUUGUUUUUUUCCAAAUAAACCUUUUCUUUUUGUCUCUCUUUUCCCCUAAAUCUGAAUUUAAUUUCCCUUCAAAGAAAGAAAAAAGGCAUGAAGAAAAUCAAUCUAUUAUUAAGAAAGUGCAAGAGUUUGUCAAGCAAAUUAGGAAGAUCAUCAUCUUAUAGUAGCUUAAGGUCAAAAUCAACUAGAGAAGAUUUAUAUGAAAUUCAACAAGAUGAUCAAAAUUGUGAAACUAUAUUUGUUGGUAGCACAAGAAAACGGUAUGUUAUAAGUUCAAAGUAUUUGAAUCAUCCUCUUCUUAAUGCUUUGAUCAACAAGAAUAAGCAAGAGGGUAGUGAAUAUGAUAAUAAUGUUUUGAUUGUUAAUUGUGAGGUUGUUCUUUUUGAUCAUUUAUUAUGGAUGCUAGAAAAUGCUGAUCCUAUGUUUAGUUCUGAGUCUUUAGAUGAAUUGGCUGAACUUUAUGUGUUUUAAGAGUUGGGUUGUGGCUGCAUUUUACACAAUGUAAUGGUUUUGAAUUGUUUUUUGUUUUUUAAUUUGUAUUUUAACUUCAUUUCUCUAGUGUAUUAAAUGACUUUGUAAUUAACUUAUUGGGAUUUCAAGACCCAUACGUUUGAUUAGUUGAUACGAAAUUGUUGGUUGGGGAAAUUGAAAUGGACACAUCACUCAUGGCUUUCUUAAAGUUCAAUUCAGCUAUUUUUGCUU